GAAGCAGGCAUCCUCUCUUCCUCUCUUCCAUCCUCGCUAAUCCAUCUCGCUGACGCUCGGCAUUCGCCCCCGCUCGGUAGGGAUCUUUGCCGAGGCAGAGCACUCGCCAUCUCCCCAAAUCCCGCGCCGCUCCCGCCAUCGCGCGCGCCCUCCUUCCCGUCCUGCUGGUCCUUCUCCUCCCGCGCCGUCGGCAUAGCGCCCUGCCGCCCUCGCGCCGCCGCUCCGGGCACAACCCGUCGCCGGAUUCCGCGCGCUCCCGUCCUCGCGCCGCCGCUCCGGCGCCUCCCGCCCUGGGCGCCGCGCCGCCCUGGUCCCUGACGCCAUGCUCAGGCCGCCGCGUUCCCAGCCAACGGUGGAUGGGGAGGACGGCUCGUGGAAUGGAUCCCCCGCGCUCCCGUUGAAUGGUGAGCAAUUGGACGGUACGCAGACCCGCACUGGUGCUAUGGAUUCAAGGUGUUACACUAACCUCCUAGUGAAUGAGGGUGAAGAUUCUCAAGAUGCUGCACCUACUAGUGAUCCAACCAUCCAUGAAACUCCUGCAACAACCAAGAGUUCUCAGGGUAGAACCAAAAAUUUCAGUUCUGCGGAGGAUAUACUUCUUGUGUCAGCUUGGCUAAAUGUGGACAUGGAUCCUGUACAAGGAGUUGAUCAAUCACAGGGCACAUAUUGGAGAAGAAUUUAUAAAUAUUUCCAUGCAAACAAGACAUUCGAGUCAACUCGUACAGAAGUUUCUUUGAUGAAUCGUUGGUGUGGUAUACAACAUGAUGUGAAUGUGUUUUGUAGAUGUGUGGCCAGGAUUGAGGCUAAGAACCAGAGUGGUUCCAUAGUUGAUGACAAGAUCGCACAUGCAUGUGCACUUUUCAAGGCCGAGGACAAGAAGGAGAGGAAGUUUAACUUUAUGCAUUGCUGGAAUAUCCUAAAGGAUAAGCCCAAGUGGAUGGAUAAGCGUAAGGAAAUUGGAACUGCCAAAAAAACAAGCAAUAAGAAACGGAAGACAAUGGCAAUAUCAGCUCCUGCAUCAGUUGUCCCUGCAGAUGCCCCUGCUGCCCUAGCAGCUGCUGGUGAUGUUAGUGAACCAGCAGGAAGACCUGACGAAAAGAAGGAGAAACAGAAGCUACGGCAACAGAAGCUACGGCAAUGUUUGACCAUGGAAGCCGUGGACUAUCUAAUGGCAAAGAAGAAAGAAGCUGACCUUGAGAAAGACUUGAAGAAAGAAGAGAGGUGCAACAAAGCCUUUGCUCUGCAGGAAGAAAGGAUCAAAUUGGAGAGGGAAAAGUUCGAGUUCCAGAGAGAGCUGGAAGAGGACAGAAUUAUUGAUUUGGAUUUGAGCACAAUGACAUACAAACAACAGCAGUAUUAUGAAGAUCGUAAGAAUAAGAUACUUGCUAGGCGUUUGAAUAUCUAGCUUUGUCUACUUUUAGUUCUGUCCAGUCAGUCAGUUCAUGAAACUUUGUCUAGCUUUGUCGGUCAUAUUACUGUUUGAGUUAUCUGUGAGGUUACUGUUAAGUAAUUUCUGGGUAAUGUGCACUUAAAUAAGACUCGUGUUUGCAAUAUAUUUUUAUCAUCUGGAUGCACUGGCUUGAGUUGGCUUGUAUAUAUAUGCUUGAUUUGGGAGCUGCUA